GCAUGCAGCGAGCAGAAGAAAAAUAAACGACGUCAUAACAAGAUCAGUUUUUCCCAAAAGCAAACCGUGCAAUAAACUUAAUUUGCACGUUUAUUUUUGGAGCUAAUCAGUGUCGUAUAUCAGAUAAUUUAUCCUUGAUAAGGUGGUAGUUUUGUUAUCUGUUGUAAUUCGUUUUAUUCGUUUGUUGAGAAGGAUCCGGUCUGGGGUGAUUUCCUGAGGAGAUUAGUCAGCAUAUUAGCAGACAGACUGCUGAGAACAAUCUUCAGAGCAAAGGACAAAACGAAAAUGAUACAUCGAAAUGCACCCUACUGAUAGCUGUCUUUGAUUCCGAAGGAUUCCAUUAGCACGUCCUGCUCCGGGAUCACUGCUGAGGCCCUUAACUCGAGGGUGCCAACUGCUUAUUCCUCGUUUUAAUCAGUUACUCGUUUAGGCAAAAUGGCCUAUCUAUAUUUGCUUCCGAUAUCUGUUUUCCUGCUAUUUAACUUCACAUUUAUUGGAACGUACAUAGCUGCCGUACUGCAAGGUCAUGUUGUGCCUACCGUUCCGUACAUCAGCGAUGCCGCCACCUAUUCACCGGAAAGUUGCGUUUUCGGACAGCUGAUUAGCAUUGGAUGCGUUUUGUUGGGAAUCACCAUCUACGUCCGAUACCGACAGAUUCAAGAAAUCGGCUUCAGGCACUCGGACGUGCAGCGAGCUGUGGAGCGAAUGAAUGGACGCGCCUUCUGGGUCGGGAUGGGGUCCUGUCUCGGGGUCAGCAUGGUCGGGAACUUUCAGGAAACAAACGUCAGACCCGUUCAUUAUGCGGGAGCAUUCCUAGCAUUCGGUUUGGGUACGAUCUACUACUGGAUGCAGGCGUACAUCUCAUACUACCUUCAGCCCUACAUCGGCUCAAUGCUGAAGGCACACGUUCGGCUGGCCAUAUCGGUAAUCUGCACCGUGUUCUUCAUCAUUGUGGCAGUUACGGGAAUCAUAUCCCACAUCCUGUUCAACGGAACAGACCCUCGAAAGUGGUACCCAUCGGAUGGUGGCUGGGAGUACCACGUGGCCAGUUCAAUUUCCGAGUGGAUCGUGGCAACGGCGUUCUGCUUCUACAUCCUCACCUUUACGGAUGAGUUCCGAGUAAUGCAGCUGGAUCAUCCGCCGCUAAUCUUCCUGGAGGUCGAAGAAUCCCGCAACUACGAGCCGGUCAUCGAGGAUGAAAUCGGAGGCGGUGACAGUGUGGUGGAAUCGUGAUUUGAAAAACCGGCUUACGGACGUCCCCCUUUAGCCACUCGAUCUCUGCGACUCUCAACAAAACUCAGUCAUCCGAAGAACCAAAUUGACAACGCGUGUCACCCGCACGGAAUCCGUAUGCAGCGUUCGCUUAGCUUGAACGACCUGCACCAGCUACGACUAACUAGAACCAGUAGGCCAGAGCCCACAACCAGUUUUCCAUCCAUGAUAGCGACGGAACGUUCCCAGCAUACCUGUGACAGUUUGCUCUGCAUCCAAAGAAUCAAAAGCUCCUUCAGCAGUCAACUGCUCUCAAACAACGAAGGUGACCUUUUGGAAUUCCCAGAAGAUAUAUUCACCGCUGCCGACGAUAGUCUCGAUUACUUCUGCUGUCCGGAGCUGGAACUCCUAGAAGCACUCCGCGGCAAGCUGGAUCCCCGUAAAAUUGCUUCUCUGUCGCUUUCGCUGAUGCUGGUCGCCAUCCUGGAGGCGCUGCAUACCCUAACCGUUUACUUUAGUGACAAUUUAAAGCAUAGUUAUUUGUAAGUUAUUUCUAUCAUUGGCGUGCGUUUGCCACCAACUUUUUUCAUAUAUCUAUUUACCAUUGAAGCACUAAGCCGAUGUAGUGCGCUUGCUCAUUUGCUUGUAAAUUUUGCAUCUUAUUAGGUAUCAGAAAUUUAUACUUAUUGAAAGUGAUAUACAAACCUUAUCAUGGUUCAACUAGAUUAUUCUGUUAAUUUGUAUCAAUCAAAAUCAAUGAUGUUUUGCAACUGACAAAGCUUAACGGUACUGAUUACAACAUUGAUAGUCUGUGAAAAAUUAGAGCGCUAAUUCUUUUCAAUAUACGAAGUAGAAAGUCUAGACUGGAGGACCACCAA